GAAAGAUUUACAGCCUGCGAUGUGUGAUGUCUACUCUGGUCUGGCGUUGCCCGCUGGUCUUUUAAUUGAAUUUGAUAUGAGCUGAUUCAAUAUCAUUUGCCUUGCAAAACAUUGAUAUCCUACACUACCUACGGGAAGUGUGUGCUUGUUCAGUGGGCAAAAUAAGGUUCAGAGUACAGAUGAAACCGUUGUUUUGUUUCUAGCAGUCAGCAUUUGUAUGUGCCACAGGGCAGUCUGUUUAUCACAACCCUUAAGGUUUACGUAAUACGAUGUUCUGGCUGUCUCUCGUCGUUCUGUUUACAAAUUAUGGUGAUCGCCAGUCAGUAUGGUGCACGAAGGAGGAAGGUGAACUGACAACUGGUUCACCACUAAUCGUGGAGGCAAAUGUCGCUGAUAAAAUCGAUGACGGGGCCACAUAUUUGAUCGAUCCAUUCUCACGCAAGUUCCGCAUUGAAAUAGCCAAGAAAGAAAUCCUUCGCAAACUUGGCAUGGCAAAAAGGCCUCCACACAUGGACGACCUGCGUGCAAACAUUCCAAAACCUGUCUUCGAUGGCGAGAUCAGUGCGUUGUUUUCCACUGCAGGGGAACCGACCAAAACAACACAAAUCGUCAUCCCAGCCGAAGAAGGUGAACCUAAAGACUGCCCUGGUAAGGAUGGUUGCUUCAAGUUCCAUUUGACGAACAGGAUCUUCAAAAACCAAGUCAUCGAAUUCGCCUCAUUGCAGUUUUUCAAAGACAGCAAAGGAUCACGUGCCCAGAAGAUUGGACUUGCACUAAAUAGUGCUAAAGAUAGAAGCAUUGUUUUGAAAAGAUUUCCGAUUGCACGUGAUUGGUUUAGUUUCCGCGUUGACGAGCAAAUUGAAGCCUGGACUCGAAACAAGAAAGCUGCCGACCAACACUAUUCAAUUCGCAUAAUUUGUGCCAACUGCAAUGCUGGAAAUCAGCUGAAAGUGAGCACAAAGCCUAGAUAUCGACCGUUUCUGCUGGUAAAGACAUCGGAAAAGAGACAGAAGCAUGCACGCAAAAGAAGAUCAGUCUCAGUUGAUUGUAUUCCGGGAUAUGAUAAAUGUUGCCGUAAGUCACUGUAUGUCUCGUUCAGAGAAAUAGGCUGGCAUGAUUGGAUUAUCGAGCCAUCUGGAAUCGAGGUCAAUGUGUGCAAAGGACGCUGCUCAGGAGGAGCGAUUGAUGUCGCGAAGAGUCAUGGUUUUGUAAAGAAGGAGCUGAUGAGGAGCAAAAAAGGCAGCUUGUUCUCGAUUUGUUGUGUGCCUACAAAGUUUGAUAAGCUAACCCUGCUGCAUUUUGACGAGGACGGUUUCAUAUUUAAAACUACUCUGGAGAAUAUGAUUGUGAAGGAGUGCGGUUGUAUGUGACGUUUGACCGUUUUUCACUGCCAUGCUUUAGUUAACGAAGGCUGACGCCUGAUUUUGUAUGCUUUGUUUCUAUUUCCUCUGACAUCUUGAACUCGUUUAUUUGAAUUUUUCUUUUAUUUUAAACAUUUUGAUGAUAUGCACUAAAGUUUUGCA